AUGGAUGAAGGUCAAGUUAUUAACAAUGCUCCUGAUUUUGAAGGCUCAAACUAUGAUUCUUGGAAAACUAGAAUGGAAGCCUUUUUGAUGUCUCAGUCCUAUGAUGUUUGGCAUACUACUAUACAUGGUGUUAUAAUUCUCAAUCCUGAAAAUCUUUCUGCUGAAGACAAGGUAGCUGUAGCUAAUGAUGGGAAGGCCAAACAUGUUCUUUUCUGUGCCUUGAAGCAGCAAGAAUUUACCAAAGUGAAAUAUUAUAAGACAGCCAAGGAAAUGUGGGAAUCACUUCUGGCAGCUUAUGAGGGAAACAAUGUUAUAAAGGAAAACAAAAUUCAGCUUUUCAAGUUUCAAUAUGAAGUUUGUAAAAUGGAGGAAAGAGAGACCAUUGCAAAAUACAUGUUCAGAAUCAAUAAUCUUGUAAACAAUAUGAGAGCUCUUGGUGAAGACAUUAAAGAUUCUGAUGUGUGUAAGAAAAUUCUUAGAUCUCUCACUUCCAGAUUCAAUGCCAAGGUUACUAUUCUAGAAGACAAAGAUUUAUCCAACAUGAAGAUUGAUAAACUUCAAGCAUCUCUCAUAGCUUAUGAGAUGAGAGUUGGUCUUCCUAUUCUAUAUAGAAGAGAAAUUGCACUUAAAGCCAAGGAAACUGCUGAGGAAGAUGAGUCUAAGUCUGAAGAUGAUCUUGAAGAGGAUGAAGUGGCUUACCUUGCUAAGAAAUUCAAAAAAUUCAGGUUCAAAAAGAAAUCUCAGCAGCAAAACCUAACAUGUUAUGGGUGUGGUAAGCUUGGUCAUAUUGUGUCUAAGUGUCCUAACUCUAAGGGGAAAACUCAGAGAAAGUUUGAGGGACCUAACAACAAAGGAAGGUUUGGAAGAAAAACCUUACUUUCAAAUUGGGAAACAGCCAUUGAAGAAGAAAAGAAACCUAAAGAAGCUCAAGAAGAUGAAUGUUUAUUCAUGGCCAUCCUUGAACCUCCAAAAGAUUCAGUUGAAACUGAAGAAGAUACUGACACAGAGAUUGAAGAAAUUCUUAAAGAAUGUGAAAGACUUGCUAUAAAGUGCAAUCAACAGAAGUCUCAAAUUAGAAAGCUGAAUUCAGAACUGUUAAAGUCCAGAAAAAUUCUCACCAAACACUUAAACUCAAACUGUCAACCAUCUGCAAAGAUUAAUAAAAGAUAUUCAAUAUUUGUGAAGGCAACCACUGGUGAAGUGUAUGCAAGAUAUCCCAUUGUAAAACCUCUGAAAUCAAGGUUUGAUAUUCUUGAUAACAUCCAAAAUCCAUUGAGUUUCAAUCAGAGAGACUUUGUUACAUCAGUUGCAAGGAACUUCAAGUACAAAUGGUAUGUUGACAGUGGCUACUCAUCACACAUGACAGGUGAUGGUACCAAAUUCAAAUCUUUAAAGCAGUUUGUUGGUGGAAAUGUUAUCUUCAGAGAUAAUCAAAGAGCUAAAAUUGUUGGAAUUGGUACUGUGAGUAAGUCUAAAGAAUUGCCAGAGAUUCAAGAAGUUCUAUUGGUUGAAGGGCUCAAACAUAAUCUCUUAAGUGUCAGUCAAUUGUGUGACAGUGGGAAGGAAUUCUGUUUUAAUAAAGAAAAAUGCAAUGUGAUUGAUCUGGAAUCAAAACAAGUUUCGUUCUCAGCUAGUAGAUCUUCAGGAAAUGUUUACACAGUUACUGAAGAAAUUCAGGUCACUCAAUGCAAUUUAACAACCUCUGAUGAAGCUAAAUUAUGGCACAAGAGGUUAGGUCAUCUUCAUUCAAGAAAUAUGUCCAAGAUUCUGAAGCUGAAAGCUGUUAAAGGACUACCUGACAUCUGUUUUAAGGAUGAUCACCUUUGUAAAGCAUGUCAACAAGGAAAGUAG